GUCAGGGCAAGGGGUCAUCAGAGUGGACUCGUGGGCUGCCAAAUGCUCCAAUCUCAAUAUGUGUUCUUUUUCACCGUAAAACCAUCUCUCCUGCUCCGACCUGCAUACUAUCGAACCAAGUAUCACCACCUACAGGUAGACUAGAAUAUAUCUACAGAACCAUCGUGCUGCCUAUAAUCGCACUGAUCAACCGAAGUAUCAAAUCAAGACCAAACGACAUGCCCCCGAUCAUCCAUCUAGUUCGACACGCCGAGGGCUUACAUAACCUCGGUCAUGCCUACUGGGCCUUAAUCGACCCGCUCCUAACAGAGAAUGGCCGGGACCAGUGCCUGCGACUGCGGCGAGAAUUUCCCAGCCAUGACAACGUCGAGCUGGUCGUUGCCUCGCCUCUAUCUCGCGCCAUUUUCACUGCCGUCGAGGGGUUUCAACCGACAUUUGAUCGGAUCCCUGCACGGCAGUUGGUGCUCUUACCGGAUCUGCAGGAGAUCAGCGAUUUCCCCUGCGAUGUUGGGACUGAAGUGGAAGAACUUAAGGCUAGAGUCCGAGACUUGAAGGUCCCUAUUGACUGGAGCUUUGUUCACGAGGGCUGGACCAGCAAGAGUGGACGUUAUAAACCUGUCACGGAGAUCAUUGAGGAUCGGGCUCGAGAUAUCCGGUGCUGGUUGAGCAAAAGACCAGAGAAGGAAAUUGCGGUGGUCACUCACGGUGCUUUCUUGCAUUUCUUGACUGAGGACUGGGAGGACAGUUAUACACACGAGGGGACCGGGUGGACCAAUGCCGAGUACAGGACAUUUACAACUAAGCCAAAAGAGAGCAGUGGCAUGGAUGAUGCCUCCCUCAUUGAGACGGUCGAGUCUCGUCGCCGACGAGGCAAAACGGACCCUGUACCGGCUGCGAAGGAGCAGGCGCAAUUAUAUGUUAGGGCUCUGCGCGAGUGGGAGAGACAGGGAUAUUUGCUCAGUGCAGAGGACAGAUAUGGAGUGUCCAGCACCAAUCUCUAGAUUUGUGGUGCGACAGUUGGGGUUCGGGCGUACUUCAAGCAUGCAGCUUUGAUCGGGUGAUGGUGGAUCGAUGUGUAGAUCGAUGCUACCGUGGAGAAUUCAAUCGAAUCAGGGUAAUUCCCCAAAAU